AUGAGAACAACUUCAGAUAGAUUUGAAGUAAAAUGGGAACUGGUUACGAACCUUUUUGAUCCGGAAUGGCUUAUCAAUUCUUUUCAAAGAAGGUCCAGCUGCAUACAAGGCCUACUACCUAAGGUAAUCUUGCAAAUGAAAAUAUGGAAUACCUCUGCAGCAAAGCAGGGGGAACUCAGCAAGAUGCUAGAUGAAUGGGCAGUGCAUAUAAGAAGGAAGUAUGGACAUAAACAGCUAUCAUCGUCUAUCUACCUAAGUGAAGCUGAGCCCUUUCUCGAACAGUAUGCAAAACGCAGUCCACAUAAUCAGGCUUUGAUAGGAUCCGCUGGAAACUUGGUGAGAGCUGAGGACUUCUUGGCCAUUGUUGAGGAAGGCAGAGAUGAAGAGGGCGACCUUGAGAUAGAGAAGGGGCUGGCACCGUCAAGCCCCAGUCGCUUGAUCAAGGACAGCGUUCUAAAGGAUGAGGGUCUGAUAGUAUUUUUUCCAGGAAUACCUGGAUGUGCUAAAUCUGCACUUUGUAAGGAGAUAUUAAGUUCCCCAGGAGGACUUGGGGAUGAUCGUCCAGUUCAUAGUUUGAUGGGUGAUCUUAUCAAAGGAAGAUAUUGGCAGAAGGUGGCUGAUGAACGAAGGAGAAAACCAUAUUCUAUUAUGCUUGCCGACAAGAAUGCACCAAAUGAAGAAGUCUGGAGACAGGCAUCAGAAGAUGUGUCUGGCAUUGAAGGUAGUCACUUAGUGUCAGGAAAUCCUGAAGCUACCCAGUCCAUUCUUCCAAUUCCCUCCAUUUGUGAGAUCAAAUAUUUAGCUCCUGAUAGGGUAGCAGUGCCCAUUAUAACUAAUAGGGCACCACUGGUCAAAUUGGAGGCAAAAAAUGGCAUUUCUUGGUGUGAAUAUGGACAGUCAUGGCCAUGUCUAUGGGGGAUGUUCUUUUAA